AUGGUAGAACCAUUUACCGACCUCAUACAAGACCAAGCGGAGGAUCUCAGAAGGCAGAUCGAAGGGAAGCUUAGGCUCCAAGUCAAAGCCGACCUCAAGAUCCCUGCAGCAACAAGAAAAGACCUCAAAUUCCGUGGCAAGGCUCACUUCGCAGAUGGUGUCCUCAAAACAUGGUGCGAGGAUGCCUACACCUUAGCCUGGCUUGAGAAAAGCAUCACAGACAUGGUCUCACCAGUAGAAGGCUCGAGGCUAGUCGUUAGACCACAGUCGGCCAUACCGAAGAAGGUGCCGUGCCUGCUCUUUGUACCUGGAGAAAUCGAGGACUUGGCAGAGCUACGUGAACUUCUCGCGGGGCAAAACAGCAACAUGAGCAUCAACUCCUGGACCCUGACACACGAAAGAAUCAGAGAAGAUCCACCAGGAACCUGCCUAUUCUUUCGUAUUCCUGAAAAGGAUGUAGAAGUGCUGAAGGCCCAGGACAGAAGAGUCUACUACCUGAUGGGGAACAUCUAUGUUCGCUUCCUGGACACAGAUGUCUCCCAUCAAACACCUGCAGCCGCCUCGAAACAGACGGAGGCCACAAGCCUUGGCGAGCAGGAGACGGAACCCGAGCCGACAACGUCGGCAAUGGAUGUCGAGACUGCGGCGGAGGACGUAGAGGCUCCGACGGCAAUGGAGGUGCAGGUACCAUCUUCACCGAGAAUUAUCUCGGAUGAAGAGUGCUUUCCGGCAGGGGGAGGAGAGAGCGAGGCCAGCGACAGCCUCCUCUACUCCUCCCCCCUACGGGAAGACUAAACUCCUGC